AUGAAGACAACCUUCCUUUUAUCUACCGCUCUCUCGGCUCUCUUUCCGAUUGUCGCAGCCCAGUCGCAGCUACCAGCAAAACACGCCAGUGUUUGCCCCUCACUCAACAACAAGCAGGCUGCACUCGAUAAUGGAGACCUUGUCCAGAUAUACUGCGACACUUAUCCGCUCCCCUACAAUCCCACCCCUCUCGGCGGUAUCAACACUAUCGCCCAGUGCGCCGAUACCUGCAAUGAAAACACUGCAUGCGAGGGAAGUGUCUGGAGUCAAGUUCAGAGAAAGUGCUGGGUUACCGAUCAGCAAGAUAGUAACACUGUCUCUGCCCCUGGCCUUGUUUUUAUUAAACAACUGCGGAACUCGACUUCUCAUUCAGGUGGGCAUGAGUACAAGUGCCCUCAGGGUUUCGACCUAGUGGAUGGAGCGUGCUUCCCGCGAUCAGACCCAUGUCCAGGAUGUGACGAGGAACUGCAACAGAUUCAAGAGUGUCGGCGAAUUCAAAAGAAGACGGAGGAUGACAUUCUCUCCCUCCGAGGCGAACUAGAAUCAGCAAAGACAAGGAAAUGCACGGCGUUGGGAUUUGGCACAGUUGACCCAGCCAACGAUAUUCUUGAUACCAGGAAUAUUUGCCCUCAGCAUCACCUUCGAGAGUUUUUCCUGCCUACUCCUGAUGGUGGUACAAGCAAGUGGCGUGUCUACUGCGACCAUGCAGCCUACGAGAUACGUUGGAACGCUGCAGGAUUCAUGAAUGAGACUGGAACGCCGUACAAUCAACUUCUUGCUCACAGACAUUGGGACGCGGGUUAUCGAGCAUUCUACUGGAGAGACACCGAUUUCUUCCACCGUCACCUGGCUAUAUACACGGUUGAGCCAAAUCUCAGACAGAGCCAACUGGAUGCCUUCCAUAUUAAAUCUCUACCAGCAGGUAGACACCACGUUAUUGUUCGCAUCGACGACGUCCCGUUGAAAAUUGUCUAG